AUGCCCGCACAAAACUCGCAAUACCCUCCGGGCCGCGGCCACCCAAGCCCAAGCCCGCGUACCGUGAGCUUUGCCGAUGACCUCGCCACUCGCAAAACCGCCAAAGCCGGCCCACCGAACCAGCACCCGCCCACGAACACCGAGGACGUCUCUCUGCCCCACGUCGACUCGCAGCAGCAGCUCAACCAAUACCGAGAACAGCUCGCCCGCGAUCUCGAGCGACGUGAGCUCGCCAGCAGGAGUCCCGCCACCGACCGCGCCAGCAAGAGUCGCGUUUCGCCGAUCCAGGAGGAGGCUGCUGCUGCCGCUGCUGUUGCUGCUGCCGCCGCCGCUGCCGAACAUGUGACAAGCGUUGCGUCCAUCUUGAGUUCGCCCCAUGCCUUGAGCUCCGGACGGGCCUCUGUCGCGUCUACGGAAUCCGGCAACACCAUCCGCGGCGGCAUGACCCCGGGCUACGUCGCCGCCACGCCGUCGUACCCCUUCCCCCGGAUGACGACGCCAGGCAUGGGCCCGGGCUUCAUGCACCGUCCUUUUGCCAACCUCUCGCCUUCGACUCUCCACUUCAUGUCCCAGACCAUGUCCUUUGACCACUUUGCCCACGACAAGGUCCUGUCCAACUCGUCGACGCCGGCGUCCACCAUGACUUUCCACCCCUCGGGCGCCACGCAGCAGCAGGACUACGGCGAUUACCCCACGCCACACCUCUACGACCUCUCUCUGAUGCUGGGAGCCGAGCCCGGCCUGGAAGCCUGGUGGAGCACCGUUGUGCAGAUCCUGCGCGACGUGUACAAGGCCGAGAGAGUGACCCUCGCCGUGCCAGCUGACAGCACAGAUAUCGAGAAUGUCCCGUGGGGUCAGAAGGCCACCUACAACGAGCACGAAGAGGAUGAACUGAGCCUUGGCUACAUGGCCCGCGGCAGCAGUCUUGUGCCCAGCAGUGCUGACGAGCUCUCGCAAGCCACACCAGCCUCCAACGACUCGUUGCGACCACAGUCCCCAGCACGGCCCGGAUUACACAGUCGCCAUUCCUUCACCUCCAAGAUCUCGCGUCUUGAUCAAGAGAGCCCGAAACCUCCGACGCCGCAGUAUGAGGAGUAUGAGCAGGCACCGCCGUCGCCGUGGUCGCAGUCGCCCGCCCCUUCGCCUGCCAUUCGAUCCGACACGAAGGAAAACCCCUUUUUCGCCGACGCCAUGGUGGACGAGGACUCCUUCAACCCCACCUCGGCACCAGAAGACUACACUGCCAUGCCGCCGCCGGAGGCUAUCGGCGUCGAGAACUCGUGGACCGUGCUGCACAUCCCCUUGACGCAUCUGCUCCUCUCCGAACCUCACCGCCCCUUCAAGCUUGAUAACGCCGCGUUGGAGCACAAGUCACACAACCGGGCACCGCACAUCGGCAAGGCCGAGGGCCAGCCGCCUACGCCGGAUGGCUCACGCCGGAAAUCCAAAUCGACACCCAUUGCCAUUCUUUCGAUUCUGACGCCUGUCUUGCCGUACCCUUCUAAUCUUCGACACUCCUUGGAACAUCUCGCGCCCCACAUGGCGACGUCAUUCUCACUCGCUCGUCACUACACCAACCUCGAGACUGAGCUCGCCGGCAUGCAACGGCGACGGCCUGCGACGGCCGGCUUCGGCGCCAUUCGCAGCGAUGGACGACCACUGAUGAACCCCUCGACCAUGGCCAGCUUCAAUUUCAUGUCGUCCGAGGACAUGGCCGUGCCCAACUCGCUUGCAGACAGCCUGACCAGCCCCAGCGAUUACUCCGGCCUGUCCAAGAGCGCGACCGGAUCGCCCAGCGGCACGCCCAACUGGGACCAGAGCUCCCUGGGGAUGGUCAUGGAUGCCAGGACGGGCGCGAGCCCGGCACAGACGACUGGCGACAGCUACUUUAGCACGCGAACAAAGUCCAACCUCUCCAAGGCUGAGUCCACAUCCAAGAGCAGCAUGUCGAGGUCUCGGAGCGGCUCCAAAGAUUCACCACCGUUGGAGAAACGUCUGGUCCGGCAGCCUUCCGGCAGAAUGGCGCCCCAGGAGGGUACGCCGCGACCCGACGCCCACGCGAGGGAGGCUGCGAGCGAGGGACGAGCGUCGAGGAAAGGGUCGCUGGCCGAUGAGGAGCCGGCAGGGGUCCCUGAAGCGCGGGCGAUGAAAACGCCAGAGGCAAACCAGUCUCGCCACACGCUUUUGCAUUCCUAUGGAGCCGAUUUCGCGACCAGCUUCCAGUCGCUCCCCCCAAGCGCCAAUGUUGUCAGCCAGCCCGCUGCUUACAACCCUCCCUCUCGCGGCGCGUCCAUCUCGUCCGGCCCCGUGGACAUGCCGCCGCCGUCCGACCGGCUCAAGGGCCUCAUGCUCGAUGCCCUUCCCGCCCACGUCUUCGUCUCUCUGCCGCAGUCUGGUGAGGUUGUCUGGGUCAACAGUCGCUAUCUGACGUAUCGCGGUCAAACCGUCGCGGAUCUGGCCGCUGAUCCCUGGGGUAGCAUUCACCCAGAAGAUCGUGACGAUUACCUGAAGGCGUGGGGUCAUUCUCUGCGCACGGGGGAGCAGUUCUCGAGAACAGUUCGGAUCAAGCGAUUCGACGGCGCCUACCGCUGGUUCUAUGCCCGGGCUGUGGCCUCCAGGGACAAGCGGGGCGUGCUCAUGCAAUUCCUGGGUUCGUACAUGGACAUUCAUGACCAGCACAUUGCCGAACUCAAGGCUGCGCGGCAGGAGGAGAUCGAGACGUCGGAAGCCAAACAUCGCUUGCUGGCGAACCUCAUUCCUCAGAUCAUCUUCACCGCUACCGAGGACGAAGGCAUCACAUUCGCCAAUGACCAGUGGCUGUCCUACACGGGCCAGAGCUUUACCGACUGUCUCGGACUGGGAUUCAUGGACUUUGUGCACCCAGAAGACCUAGCCAAGUGCCAGAUCCCCACAGACCGGCCACCAACUCCGAUGCCACACAAGGGUCACUUCAGCAAAAUGUCGUGGGGCGAGCCGCCACUCGACAGCCCUCACCGGACGCAGACAACCCCAGCGACCGAUUCGAACAUUCGAGGUGUCCAUCAGGCCCUCUCUCGCAACAACAGCUCAAGUAGCAGCUCCGUAUAUGAGUUGCCCACAGCUGACCUGACAGAGCUCGCGAGAAAGGGCAUCAUCAAGGUCUCCACAGACAGCAACGGCAGACUUUCAUACACGACCGAGGUCCGGCUUCGCUCCAAGAAGGGCGCCUACCGCUGGCAUCUGAUCCGGUGCGUCGAAAUCGACAACAUUGACUUUGGAAGCGGCGCCAGCUCCUUCUUCGGUUCAGCCACAGACAUCAACGACCACAAGCUGCUCGAGGCCAAGCUCAAGGAGGCCAUGGAAUCGAAGAGCCGGUUCCUCAGCAACAUGUCGCACGAGAUUCGCACCCCUCUUAUCGGAAUUUCUGGCAUGGUCAGCUUCCUCCAGGAUAGCGUGCUGAACGAGGAACAGCGGGACUAUACGAACACGAUCCAGACGAGCGCCAACAGCCUUCUCAUGAUUAUCAACGACAUUCUCGACCUGUCCAAGGUCGAUGCUGGCAUGAUGAAGCUCAAGUAUGAGUGGUUCCACACGAGAGCCCUGAUCGAGGACGUCAACGAGCUCGUCUCGACCAUGGCCAUUGCGAAACGACUCGAGCUCAACUACGUCGUCGAACAAAACGUCCCGACGUGGAUCAAAGGAGACAAGGUCAGGAUCCGACAGGUGUUGCUCAACGUCAUUGGUAAUGCCAUCAAAUUUACCUCGGAAGGUGAAGUCUUCAGCCGCUGCAGGGUGUACACUUCGGAGACGGCCAUGCUCACGCCCAACGAGAUCAUGCUCGAAUUCGCCAUCAUCGACACGGGCCGUGGCUUCACAGAAGAGGAGGCCGAGCUUAUUUUCAAACCAUUCAGCCAGAUCGACGGAAGCAGCACCAGGCAGCACGGCGGUAGCGGACUGGGCCUCGUCAUUUCCAGGCAGUUGGUCGAACUCCACGGAGGUGUCAUGGAGGGCACGGCGGUUCCUGGCAAAGGCUCAACUUUUACGUUUACAGCCCGUUUCACCCUGCCGACCGAAAACGACCAUCCCGAUGGUCCCGUGAGCCCCGGAAGCCUGGCAUCACAGCCGAAGCCAAAGGCGUCGUCAUCCGAACCGCCAGCAGCGCCUCCAGGGACGAAGCGUGGCGCCGGACGACCCUCGCCUGACGAGGGCACCGACUUCGACAGCUCUAGCGGCAGCUCUGUGCCGUCCACCCACUCGGGGGCGUUCGCAAGGCACGGGCGGUCGUUCGUGUCGUCGAUCAACGUGGGCCUCGUCCACUUCAGGGAGGGCGCUCGCGCGAGCGGACAAGACUUGUCGCAGAUGAAACUGGAGAUACCGCCAAGCGACACGUCCAGCGAUGCCACGCCAACCAACGACUCGAACAAGAUGCUGGGCGCAACGGAAGAGUUCCGACCUCCCAUGUACUCCAUCCUUAUCAUCUGCCCCCAGACGCACAGUCGCGAGGCUACGACCCAGCACAUUGAGCAGACGCUGCCCAAAGAGGUGCCGCGUCAGAUUACGGCGCUCAAGUCCAUGGUGGAGGCAGAUGCGCUCAUCGGCGGCGACGACCCUGUGCACUUUACGCACAUUGUCCUCAACCUGCCCUCGCCCGAGGAACUUGUCGCGACGAUGACCAAGAUUGAGCGCAACGUGGUGACGGACAAGACGACGGUCCUCGUUCUUUCGGACACGGGUCAGCGGCAGGCCGUGAUGAGACUGGUGGCCGAGUCGAAGCGGGAGGCGCUGCUGUCGGAGGAACGCGUCACGUUCAUCAACAAGCCGGUCAAGCCGUCUCGUUUUGCCGUCAUCUUUGACCCCGAGAAGGUGCUCGACUCGAGCAUCGACCGCAACCGGUCGACGGCGCAGCGCAUGGUGGAGAGCCAAAAGGCCAGCUACGAGGAGAUCGGGAAGCGCAUGGGCAACAAGGGGUACAAGGUGCUUCUCGUCGAGGACAACUCGGUCAACCAGAAGGUGCUGCAGAAGUACCUCAAAAAGGUCGGCGUCGAGGUCGAGGUGGCGGCGGACGGCGUCGAGUGCACGGAUAUGGUGCUGGCGCGGGGCCACGAGUACUACUCUCUCAUUCUGUGCGAUCUCCACAUGCCGCGCAAAGACGGCUACCAGGCGUGCCGCGAGAUUCGAGAGUGGGAAGUCAACAAUCGGCUGGCGCGCAUGCCCAUCAUUGCCCUGUCGGCCAACGUCAUGUCGGACGUGCAGGACAAGUGCGUGGCAGCCGGGUUCAGCGACUACGUCACCAAGCCGGUGGACUUUAUCAGCCUCAGCAGAGCUAUGAGCAAGUUCUUCUGA